CGAGUGAACUGCAGGUUGUGCGGGGAAUGUAUCCACUCAAUCCAGUCCAAGCCCAAACAAGCCUUAUCGCCUUCACCGAUACGAGUUCAAACAAUGGUGGGAGGAUUCAUUCCAUCAUCAUCUCCUCAUCUGCCCGGUUUUUGCUGCCUCGCCCUUCACUGUCUUCUCUUUACUUAUCAUCGCCCCCCCUGAAUGUAUUCCUUCCCCUUUUCCCCUGUCCCACCACCGCCUUCGCCAUGAAUCUCCGUCGAGUGACCUCACACAACUUUCACACUUUCCGACAUCACUAUGUGUCCGAGAUCUCGGGCUCGCUGGGCGACCUAGGCACUUUCCUGCCUAUUGCCAUCGCCCUCGCCAUCAAUGGCACCGUCUCUCUCUCUAGCACUCUGAUCUUCUCCGGCCUCUUCAACAUCCUGACAGGUCUCUUCUUCGGGAUUCCUCUGCCUGUGCAGCCCAUGAAAGCUAUUGCCGCCGUAGCCAUUGCCCGGACCUUCACCAACGGGGCCAUCGCCGCCGCCGGUAUCUUUGUUGGUGCUUGCAUCUUCCUCUUCAGCAUCACCGGCCUGCUGAACUGGUUCGCCAAUGCCAUACCCGUCCCUGUGAUCAAGGGAAUCCAAGUUGGCGCCGGUCUAUCCCUGAUCAUCGCCUCAGGGGGUUCGAUCCUCUCCUCCCUGGGGUGGCUAUACCCAUCCUGGGCUGACAACCGCAUCUGGGCCGUGGCCGCAUUCCUCUUCCUCAUCAUCACCAACGUGUACCGCAACGUGCCCUACGCCCUCCUCGUCUUCAUCCUCGGGCUUUCAUUCGCUGUCAUCGGCAGCGCGCUAGCCUCCGAUCUCCCCUCCCUCGUCUUCUGGCACCCCUACACCGUGAUCCCCUCGGCCCACGAAUGGCGUAUCGGCGCCCUUGACGCAGGGGUCGGUCAGAUCCCCCUGACGACCUUGAACUCCAUCGUCGCCGUCGUCCACUUGGCGAGUGAUCUCCUCCCCACCCAGGAGAUCCCCUCCAUCACCUCCGUCGGCCUCAGCGUAGCCGGCAUGAACCUCAUCGGGUGCUGGUUCGGCGCCAUGCCCGUGUGCCACGGCUCCGGCGGCCUGGCGGCCCAGUAUCGGUUCGGGGCGCGCUCCGGCGCCAGCGUCAUCUUCCUGGGUGUCGUCAAGCUCAUCAUUGGCGUCUUCUUCGGCGAAUCCCUCGUCGGCCUGCUGAAGCGCUUCCCCACCGCCCUGCUCGGCGUCAUGGUCAUCGCCGCCGGCCUGGAACUGGUCAGCGUGGGCGAGUCGCUCAACACCACCGGGGCGCGCGAUAUCCGCAAGGCGAACCACGGGUUCGCCGGCGAUGGCGCCCAGGAGAUUGGCCCCAUGCUCAGCGACUGGGAGCGUAAGCGCCGCUGGACCGUCAUGAUGGUCACCGUCGGGUUGCUGGUCGGGUUCAAGAAUGACGCCGUCGGCUUCGUGGCUGGCAUGCUCUGCCAUUGGGGUUAUGAGCUGCCCACGCUGUUUGAGCGAGUCCGCGAGCGUUGGAAUCAGCGGAGGAUCCAGUUGGAGUAAUCUGAAUCGCGGAACUUGUGUCCGCUUGUUGGAUUUCAAUCGGCCCUACAGUUUUUGAGUUGUUUUGUAUAGUUGACCUCUGUGUAUAUACGCAUUUCGGAGGCAUUUUUGUCGAUUUCCGUUGGUUCUUGAUAUGAAAGAGAUGAGAUAUGGGUUUAUGCUUUGGAUUUUUUUUUGGAUGCGUGCGUUGAUUUGCCAGGCAACGAGAGGCCUUGGCCACAUGGCUACUUCUGUCCUUAACAAGAUGAUCCAGAUUGGGAUAUAGUUUUGGCUUGGUCGAAUCAGAUAGUAUGGCUUCAGCUACAGGGCCUGGGCAAUGGACUGCUGGGUCUGACCUAGAGAGAUAUACAGAAA